AUGGAAUCCCCGAAGACAAUAGAGCACGAAAUCGGAGGGGUGAAAAAUGAUGCACUUCGAUUUGGACUUCAUGGCGUAAAGAGCGACAUCGUUGGAUCUCAUCCCCUCGAAUCUGAAUAUCAAUCGACAAGGAUGAGGCAAGAGGAUAUGAAGAGGAAGAUCCUUGUGAACACUUACGGCUCGGCUUUUCCUUUGAGGAUGGAGCUCGAUCGCCAAAUUCUUUCCAGGAAAACUAUGGAGGCUGCAAAGAAACAGAACCGAGGUUUUGAGGAUAGUAAGAAUGGCAGUGCAGAUGAGCUCAAAGCCGUUGGUGAGGAGAUUUCCACAUUGAAGACAAAGAUCAAGAAGCUGGAAUCUGAAUGUGAGACAAAAGACAAAGAGGUGAAGGCUGCUGAAUCCAAUUCACUGGCUUUUAAAAAUCAAUCUGCAGGAUUCCUUCUUGAAUAUGACCACUUGCUGGAGGAGAAUCAAAACCUUCGAAAUCAGUUGCAGUCAAUUGACCAGAGCCUUCCCCAUUCUGAUGGCAAAAAGAAUAUGUAA